GGGGGGGUGCAGGGGUGUGUGUGUGUGUCUGGAUCCCUCCCUCCUCUCUCCCUGAAAGUAAUUUGAUGUUGAGAGUCGCAUUCCUGAUGUUGCAGAUGCUGUUGUUUUGGUGAGUCCAAGCCUUCUUUAGAUCAGUCCUGGGGGCCCUUCCAACGCCAUGGAGGACGACGACGAUGUGCCGCAGCUCAGUGCCCACGCUUUGCUAGCGCUGCAAGAGUUCAUGCGGGAGCAGGGUGGCCAGGAAGCCCAGGAUGCCGCUGAUGGGGUGCACCCCAACAAUGGCGACGGCGACGACAACAACAACAACAACCACGACGACUUGACUCUGCUGUCCGAGGAUUGGCGCAUGAGCCAGUUUUGGUACGAUGAUACUACCUCUGCCACUGUGGCAGCGGAAGUGAACCGUCUGGCGUCUUCUCGGCCUCAAUGCCGCGUCGCUUGCAUCGCUUGUCCCACUUUGUUCGUCGAAUUGCGGAAAAGUUAUCCUGAUGUGUCUGCACAACUAUAUGAGUACGACCAGCGGUUUGAGAAAUACGGAAGCAAAUUUACAUUCUAUGAUUAUAACGCUCCGCUUGAUGUUCCUCCUGAACACCGAAAAGCCUUUCAAAUCUUGGUGGCCGAUCCUCCGUAUCUGAGUAAAGAAUGUUUAGAGAAAACUGUGGAAACAAUGAGAUACAUCGCUGCCGAUUCCGAGUCGUCACCUACAUUCAUGGUGCUGACAGGGGCUGUGCAGGAGGACCGAGUAUGGGACCUGCUUAAAGGUCGACCUUGCGUGUUCAGGCCCGAACAUCGCAACAAGCUAGGUAACGAGUUUAUGCUAUACACGAAUUACGAUCCUGUGGAGCGGCUUGGAGGCUGGGAAAGCAUCACAACAGGUGUGAAGGCGAUUUCUUCAGAACCAACCACGUAAUGGUGGUCUAUCACUUUAGAUCGUGAGCUUAUAACAAAUCCCAUUUACUCUGUUCAAAUGUAACUUAAUACAAAAAACCUUUUUUAAGAAAGUCACACACA